AUGAAAUCCAUUUUCGCCCUGGCAACCUUGGGCGCUGUUGUCGCCGCCGACACCUGCGAAUCGCCUGUGCAACGCAAGAACUUUACCUCGCUCAGCAAUGAGGAGAAGUUGGCCUGGUUGGACGCCGAAGUCUGCUUGACCACCCACGAUGCCGUCUUUGGACUUUAUGACGGUGCAACCACUCUUUGGGACGAGCAACAAUACUUGCAUCUGACCAUGUCCAACUACAUCCAUGGUGUCGGCCAAUUUCUUCCUUGGCAUCGGUAUUACAUGACUUUGCACGAGAAGCUUUUGCAGACAUAUUGCAACUACACUGGUGGAAUGCCUUACUGGGACGAACAAGUCGAUGCUGAUAAUAUCACCUUGUCCUCCGUUUGGGACUCUGUCUAUGGUAUCGGCGGCGAUGGCAAUUCGUCUGAUAACCAAAUCGUCACGGACGGACCAUUUGCCAACAUGGAGCUUCACGUUGGUGCCUGGUCGUUCAACACGGUCAUCCCCAAGACGGCAACCUAUCACCUCAACCGUUCCAUCAGCGUCACCACAUUCCAGGUCGCCAGCCAGGAGGGAGUCGACGCAUGCUAUGCACUCGAGUCCUAUGAGGAAGCCUGGCAGUGCUACGGUCAGAGCCCACACUCGGCAGGCCACGCCGGUACUGGCGGCACGAUGCAAGACCCGGUACUCUCCCCCGGAGACCCCGUGUUUUUCCUACAUCACACCAAUCUCGACCGAUUAUGGUGGCAGUGGCAAUCGGCCAACCUGACUGCGCGAUUGACCGACAUGGGCGGUCAAAAUGUUCCCACCGACGAGUUCAAUGCUGCCAACAACUGGGAUGCCCCCGGCGCCAACUUCACCGACUAUAGCGGUGAUCCGGGCAACGUCACGACCCUGAGUCAUAUCUUAUCCAUGUACGAGAUGAUUCCCAAUGUUACCAUUGCGGAUAUCAUGGAUAUCGGAGGGGACGCUAUUUGUGCCCAGUAUGUUUAG